AUGACAUCAGCUGCUUCAAUUACCAUUCUAUUAGUACUUUUGGUUGUCGGUUCGAUCAAAGCUGGAUCAGAAGAACGUCGUGAAUUUCUUGAACACGAAGGUAAAUGUCCAUCUUAUAAUUUACCUAUUACUAUUAUGUGUCGUCGUCGUGUUUGUCUUCCUGAAGAAUUAAUUCCACUAUGUAAAAUGGAUGGUAAUUGUCCAACAACACAUAAAUGUUGUCGUCCAUUAUGUUCAUGUACAGAUCGUUGCGUUACAGCUGUUCCUAAAUAG